CUAACUUCAGAUCAGUCGGUAAUGUUUUUAUUUUGGUGGAGGUUAUGGAUGAGCCAUAAAGUAAAAGUACUCAUAAACAAUUAUUUAUCAAAGGAUAAAAAUUGUCAAUUUACACGUAAGCUUCUUCUACGUAAACACUUUCGUGUAUUUAUUACGAGGUUUCGUAUACAUGCGUGCCAUUCAAUUGUUAGUACCAUUACCAUUAGCAAUUGAUGUUUUAGUGAAAAAUGGCUAGUGGUGAAAUUAGGAAAGUUGCUCUUCUUACGGGAGUAAAUGGGCAGGAUGGUUCAUAUUUAUCAGAAUUCCUUCUAAACAAAGGCUACGAGGUACAUGGCAUUAUACGAAGAGCCAGUUCCUUCAACACCGGAAGAAUAGACCACCUCCACUCUGACCCCUACGCCCACAAAGGGGGCCGAUUUUUUCUGCAUUAUGGCGACAUGACCGACUCUAGUUGCUUGGUUAAGAUCAUCGGACAAAUCAAACCAACUGAAAUUUACAACCUAGCCGCUCAAAGCCACGUUAAAGUUUCAUUCGACUUGAGUGAAUACACUGCAGAGGUAGAUGCUGUUGGAACGUUAAGACUGUUGGACGCUAUUAGGACUUGUGGUUUGGAAAACUCGACCAAAUUCUAUCAGGCGUCUACUUCCGAGUUGUACGGAAAAGUUGUAGAGACUCCACAGAAUGAGAAGACGCCUUUUUAUCCUAGAUCUCCUUAUGCUGCAGCGAAGUUGUAUGCCUAUUGGAUAGUCGUAAACUACAGGGAGGCUUACAAUAUAUUCGCCUGCAAUGGGAUUUUAUUUAACCACGAAAGCCCCAGAAGAGGAGAAACAUUCGUGACUAGGAAAAUUACGAGAGAAGUUGCAAAAAUUCAUUUGGGACUCUCUGAGUAUAUAGAAUUAGGAAACUUGGAUUCGAAAAGAGAUUGGGGACAUGCCAGGGAUUAUGUAGAGGCAAUGUGGUUAAUGAUGCAAGAAGAAUCGCCAGAAGACUUCGUAAUAGCGUCCGGGGAAACACACAGCGUUAGAGAAUUUGUAGAAGCGGCAUUUAGACACGUAGGUAAUGAAAUUGUGUGGGAGGGUAAAGGAGUAGAUGAAGUAGGAAAAGAUAAAGAGACUGGGAAAAUUAGGAUUAAGAUCAAUUCCAAAUACUUCAGACCUACAGAAGUGGAUCUUCUAUUGGGAGACGCUUCUAAAGCUAAAGCAAAGUUUAACUGGGCACCCAAAGUGACAUUUUUAGAGCUAGUGAAAGAUAUGAUGGACUCCGAUUUGGAUUUAAUGAGAAAGAAUCCUAUGGCUUGAACAUGUACAUAUUUUAUUUUUACAUUCCUUUACUUGUUUUUCUUUUCUAUGUUUAUUCUUAUAUAUAUAUUUAAUACAGACUUACAAUAAAGGUCUUUAA